AUGAACUUUAAACUCAGUCACAGCACCAUGAUCUUCAUCUACUGCUUCACUUUGAAGGUUUUACUGUUUGCAGGUAACAGGAUGAAAAGUCUCAACAUGUUUGUUUUUGUCUUUGCUGUUUCUGUUCGGGUUUGUUCACGAUCAGAGCAUUUUAAGUUUGAAAAAAAUGAUGACAAAAUACAUCUUUAAUUAAAAAACAUAUUUAGUUAUGUGAUCUUCUCCACAGGUUCCUCUGUGAGUGUCAAAGUCACACAGACUCCAGCAGAUCUGUUCUACACACCAGUAGACACGGCCAUAAUCUACUGUUCACAAGAUGAUAUCGACUACGAUCGAAUCCUCUGGUAUAAGAAGACAAACGGCACACUGAUGCAGUUCCUGGGAUAUAUGUAUGGUACUGGAGUCCCAGAAAAAGGAAUAAAUGUGAAAAUUAACGGGAGCGGGAGCAAAGACCAGAACUGCACAUUAAUCAUUGAAAACGUCAACGUGAGCAGCAGUGCGGUGUAUUUCUGUGCUGCGAGUACACAGUGCCAUAAACCGCUGAUUCUCAGUACAGAAACCUCCUCUUCAUAA